AUGGGGGUCCCCAAGAGGAAGGCCCGGGGCGACCUGGACGGCGCGGCUGCCCUCGAGAGUGCGGCCAAACGGGCGCGCCCCGAAGAGCUCACGGGCGCGCGCUUCAAGGCCCAGCUGAGGGACCCGCAGGGCGCGGGGCCGGCCUUGGAAGCGUUUGUCUCUGCCGCCAAGAAGCUGCCCCGGGAGGACGUGUACGAUGUCGUGGAAGGCUACAUCAAGAUUUCUGUCGAGUGUGCGGAGCUUUUCCAGCUCCUGAGCGGGGCCAAGCGACCUGAAAGUGAGAUGCUGUUGAUAUUUCAAGUUUUCGAGGCCAUAUUACUGCGGACAGCGAGCGACCUGUCCCAUUUCCAUGUAGUGGGGACCAACAUCGUGAAAAAACUGCUGAAUAACCACAUGAAGCUCAUCUGCGAGUCCCUGUACGCCGCAGGGUACAGGAUGGCUCGGGCCUGCCUGACCCUGAUGGCCGCUAUGGUAACCCAGGGCCCUGAGGCCGCCAGGGACGUCUGCAGCCAUUUUGAUUUGAACAAAAAGACCUUAUACACUCUGGUGACCAAGAGGGAUUCAAAGGGUGUGCAUGACGUCAGGCUGGCCUACAUCCAGUUUGCUCUGUCCUUCCUGAUCGCCGGAGACGACAGCACGGUGGUGCAGGUGCUGGAGCUGAAAGAAUUUAUUCCGUGCAUCUUCGCCUCAGGCGUAAAGGAGGAUAGGAUUUCCACCGUCAACAUUUUGUUGUCCACGCUGAGAACAAAGGUGGUUCACAGUAAAAACAUCACCAAAACCCAGAAGGUGCGUUUCUUCACCGGGCAGCUGCUGACCCACAUAGCGUCUCUGUACAGCUGGGACGGGGCGGUCGACGUGGACCUGGGAGACACCCAGGUUUCUGCUGAAGACGCGGGGAAAACCACGGUGAGGACGCUGGUGCACCACUUCCUGCUGGAUCUCUGCUGUUCGCUCAAACACGGGAUCAACUUCUACGACGCGUCUCUGGGAACCUCCGGCAGAGGCGGGAACCUGACGCUCCUGCACUUCCUGUUGGGCUUGAGAACGGCCGCAGACGACGAGCUGGUGGCCGAGCUGGUGGUGAGCAUCCUCCGAGUGUGCCCCGACUUGCUGCACAAGUACUUCAAGGAGGUUGCCUUCUCCUUCCAUCCACGAGUGAGCUCCACGUGGUCAAAUAACAUCAAACUCCUGAACAAGAUCUACGAGGCCCAGCCGGAGAUUUCCCGGGCAUUUCAGACCAAGGAGUUCAUCCCUAUGCCCCGGCUCGUGGCGAUGGUGAUGGUGACCUCCGUGCCCCCGGUGUGCAACAAGGUCAUGUUCACCCAGGCGCUGAAUCUGGACAGCAGGUCAGUGAGGCACACCGCCUUGUCCCUGCUCACCGCCAUUUUGAAGAGAGCAUUGAAGACGGUCGACCACUGCCUGAAUAGAGAGGCCUGGCAGGACUCCUGCGUGUACACGGCCCCGAUGCUGGAGGACUUCGUGCGGCUCUUCAGAGAAGCCCUGAGCAAGAUUUUACCUGACUUAAACACCAUCGUGUGGGUGUGGCAGUCACUCAGAAAACAAGACACCGAACAGGAUGACGGGAAAGGAAAGAAAAGGGACAGACAGACUCCUGCGGCCAGCGAGGCUCCCCCGUGUGAUGACGCAGAAACCAUCCUCUUGAAAGCCGCCCUGCUCCAGGUCAUCUGUCUGUACCAGAAGGUGGUCCCACACGUGGUCACGCAGUCCAGCUUCGACUUCAGCAAGCUCCUGAAAGGUGUCAUCUCGGGGCAGGGCCUGCAGGCAGAGGCGCCUCCCGUCCUGCAGCAGCACAUGCUCAAGGUGGCCCUGGAGCUGCCCGCCUGCAGGUUCUCCUGGCUGAAGGCCCAGGAGGGCCCGGAAGCAGAGAUCAUCGGAGGAGAGCGGUCCGUGUUCUACCUGCUGAUGAAGAUGUUUCUGACCAGCACCCACGUCCAGCUCAAGUCGUCGACCAAGCUCCUGAUCAUGAAGAUCCUGCGGGACACGGGCGUGUUCGAGCACACGUGGAAGGAGCUGGAGCUGUGGCUGGAGCAUCUGCAUGGCCCCGGGGAGGACCAGCAGGAGGCCGUUCUCCAGUUCCUGGAACGGGUGUUGCUGACGCUGGUGGCCAGUCCCUACCUAUACACAGACAAGGCAUCCGACUUCGUGCAGGAAGCCAGCACGCUGCAGACCACCGCGGCCAGGCAGGACGCCGACGACGCCAGCAUCCCCGUGUCCCACAUCGACGACGUGCUGGACAUGGUGGAUGUGCUGGUGGACGGCAGUGAGGGCCUGGACGAGGAGGUCGGGCUCUCGCUGAGCGAGGACAUGGCCCAGCUCACGUUUCCGUUCAGCCCCGUGGCCCCCGCCGCCCUGGAAGCCAGGAACAGGCUGCUCCUCGGCACAGGAGGCCAAGCAGGAGACAGCGUCAUGGCGUACCUGACGGCCGUGCUCACAGACCUCCUACACAGCCAGAGAGACCCCCUGGCGCUCUGUCUCCUGCUUCAGGCCUAUGACACGUUGGCGCCUCCCUGCCCUCAGCUGUCCUGCUUCAGCAGGUACUACCGCCUCUGGAUCCCGGAGCCCGCCCGGGGGCCCUUGCCGCCCCCGACGCCGGGCAGCCUUGCCCCCCAGGGGCCCUCGGCCUGCUCCUUCGGCGCCCUGCUGCAGACGGCCUUCCAGAGUGAGGGUGAGCUCCUGGACGAAGGGGUGCAGGCGCAGCUGCGGGCCGCCAUUCCCCACCUUCCCAUGCACCACAUCCUUCGAUCGGUGAAGCACGUGCUCUUGUACCUGCAGAGCACCGUCGAGCGUUUCGGCCAGCUGGGCAGAAGCACGGGGCCCCGGCUGCUGCAGCUCUUCCUGGACCUGCUGCGGCGCCUGGUCGCGCACUGUGAGCAGCUGGACGCCGAGAACCGGCGGAAGUGUGAGGUCACCCAGGCCGAGUCCGACCUCUUCCUGGACAUGGAGGCCGUGGCCUCGCUGGAGCUGGCCGACGACAAGACGCUGGAGGAGGUGCUCGUGGCCAUCCUCAGACACCCCGUGCUGCAGGGCUGGUACCUGGCCCUGGAGCGGCAGGCCCUGCCCCCACACGCCCUCAGCCCCGUCCUGGCGAAGCUCCUGGCUGCCCACCUCACGGCAGGAGUCCUGCCGCUGCUGACGGCAAGCGCCCCCGUCCUCCAGAGCCUCGGGCGGCUGGACCUGCUGGCCCGGUACUCAGAGGCCAUCGUCCAGAGCGUGCUGAGAGAACUUCGAAACAGAAAGGCGGGCCCAGCCACGUCUCCACAAAAAACCCUCCCCCAGCUAGAGGCCCUGCAGGGGCUGCAUGCGUCCAUGGAGGGUGCCCAGCUCCGAGAGGUCACCCUGGCCCUGCUGAGCCUGCCUGAGGCCCACCUGCUGGCCCAGCGACCCCUGAAGUCCACUGGGAAGGAAAAACGCUUGAAUGCUCUUGGCGAGACCCUGGUCCAGCUGUUGAGCAGCAGCCCCCAGGGUCAGCUGCCGAGCAGCGAGCCCCUCUGGGCCUCCGAGUUCGUGAAAGGCCUGGGGGCUUUGCUGCCCACGCUGGCCGUGGACGAGCUGGACACGGUGUUUCUGCGCACCCUGCAGAGAGAGCCCGAGCUGGCGCCCGUGGUCGGGGUCAGCCUGCUCGACUACUGCCUGGCCCGGCGGACUCGCGAGGCCUUGGGCAUCGCCACCCUGCUCGUGCAGUGGAGCUGGCCCCACCUGCUGCGGUUCGAGCUGUGGUGCCGGCGUCCGGGUGCGGGGCUCUGCCUACAGGAGGGCCUCGAGGACUUCCUCCCCCUCUUGCACACGUACCUCCAGCGCCGGACCCAGGGACGCUUCGCGCGCCCAGCAGGAGCGUCCUCUGCUGUUGUCCUGACCUUGAGGAAGGCCCUGUGGAGGCGUCUGCAGUCCAGGCUCCUCGGUGCGGAUGGGCCCCAAGAGUCUGCGCUGCUCCCGGAGAUCCUGGCCCAGCUGGUCCCGUUCACAAGAGCCAAGGACCUCGCUGUCCUCAAGGACCGUUUGCCCAGCUUGCUGCAGACUCCAGACUGUCACGGGAGUUGGAUUGUGGCCGAUUCUGUCUCGACCGUCCUGGAGGGCUCGGCAGAGGAGCUACGUGCCUGGAGAGGGGCUCUGCUGGCGUCCUGUGUGAGCUGGCUGGUUGGGGCUUUCAGUGGCCACCCCCAGGACAGAGACGGUGCCCCAUGUCAAGAGAAGCAGAUGCUGCUGAGGUUAAACCACCUGUUGAGCUCACUUAACGACGUGGAUCCCGGUGCCUGGCAGAAGUUCGUGAAGACUGGACUCAAGUUUCGGUAUCAGGACCCCGCAUUUUUGCAGGCGCUCCAAGCCGCCACACAGCUCCUGUACGGCCCAGAGAGCCCCGUGCGCACGAAGCUCGUCCAGCUCCCCGCGGUCCACUCGAUGCUCACCCAGCACUCCCUGUUCCUGCCCACCCUGCUGGCGUCCGAGGAGGAGGACGCCCCAAGCGGCCACGUAAAAGAGGCGCUGGUGGACCUGAUGUCGGUGGUGGUGAGGAUGUGUCCCUCGGUCUGUGAGAGCAGCCACUUCGCUGUGCUCCUCGGGGCCUAUGGUGCCUCUCUCAGCGUCCUGGACCAGAAGAUUUUACUUCUCCUGCGGGCAUAUGAACAGAACAGCAUCAGCCUCAUCAACUCCAGGGUGCUGCUGUGGGGCCCGGCGGCUGUGGAGCAUCACAAGACCAGCCGCAGCCUGGGCAAGUCGCUGUGGCAGCAGCCGAGUGCCGGGGACAUCCUCCGCGUGCUGGAUCGCGACCGGAUGAUGAUGACCAUCCUCCACUUCCCCCAGAGCCGGAGGCUGCUGCCCCCUGAGGAUGCACGGGAUCCAGUAUUUAAAGACGGGAGCACCGCAGAUCUCGACACCCUGUACGACCCCUGCUUUCUCCUGCACCUGUUCAGUGAACUGACCAGGCCAGAGUUUGUGUUGGAUUGUCGAAAAUUUCUGGAUUCAAAUGCUCUGGGCCUGACUGUCGCAGCCCUCAGCAGCUACGACGCCCCGAUGCGAGCGGCGGCCUACAGCGUCCUGGCGGCCUACUACUCACACGUGGAGGGAGCCCGGUUCCGAGAGCAGCCCCAGGUGCUCUACCUGUUGGACGUAGUCCGGAACGGAAUCCGAACUCAGAACAUGAGACUCACCUUUACGUUGGCUCUCUUCAUUGCCAAAGCAGCCCUGCAGAUUCUGAAACCAGAGGAGCACAUGUACCUGAAGGUGAGCGGGUUCCUGCUGUCACACGAGGCCUUGAACAUGAGCAAGGUCCCCGGCUUCUUCCAGUUCUUCUACAGCUCGGAUUUCCAGCACAGCGCCGAGCGGGAGUGGCUGUUCCAGCUUCUGCGGCAGGGGAUCCGCGACAAGCACUGCUACGACCUCUACGCCAGGCGGGGGGUGUUCCACGUCGUGCUGUCCUUCUUCCACAGCCCGCUGUGCGACCCUGCGGCCCAGAAUUGGGUCCUGGAAAUUCUACAGAAUGCCGCCCGGGAUGCCAGGUCUGCCCAUGAGCUCCUGCGGGACUACAGCCUGUUGACGUGGGUCCUGCACAUCCUCGAGGGCGGGUUCCUGGAGACCCCGCUGCUCUCCAGCAUCAUCUGCCUGCUGCACACGCUGUGGGAGAGCGUCCUGGGGAACAGGGCAACGGAGGACAGCGGUCGGCCCCCAGGCCUGCCCGGGCCCAAGGAGCCCCCGCAGCUGCCGGCCCUGCACCUGGUCGACGAGUUCCUGUAUGUGCUCCUCGUGCUGGUGAAGCACCUGAGGCCCGCCUUGGCCUCUACCCAGCUGAUCAGCUUCUUUGGGGCCCUUGACUCCGCGCUGAGGUGCCGGGCCACCAUCAUGCAGGCCUUCGGGGCCACGGACCGCCUCACCGUGAACGAGAGCGUGCUGUCCACCAGGGACGUCCUGGCCCUCCUGCACACGUGGGGCCUCGUCGAGAGGGACGCUGCACUCCAGGAGGCCCUGAGAGCCGUCGCGGAGAGGUUCCAAGUCCGGGAGCUGCUGAAAAUGCUCAAGGACAGGAACAAGCCUGCCGUGCCAGCCCGAGCCAGAGGCCCUCGGGGCCGGAAGAGGAGGCCUGGGGAGGCGGAGGAUGAAGUCGGCCCUGAGCUGCAGGCGUCCAGCUUGGAGACGUGCAAGGGCCUCCUCAGGUCCAUACUGACCCACUGGGGACCAGUGUUCCCCGGCCCUGACACUGCUCAGGAGCCUGAGAACCAGGCCGCCCCCCAGAGCGAGGCAGCGGGCCCCGUGCACGCUGUCGCCUCCCUGGUGGUCAGCUGGAUGCUGCGGUCAGCAGCCGAACGGCCGUUCAGCAGCGCCGAGGCUGUGGGCGUCCUCGGCUGGCUUCAGAGCUACAUCGUGCUGCAGCCCGUGGUCGUGGCCGAGCUCCUGCAGGACGGCUUGGCGAGGAGGGGCGUGUUCAAGCUGUACAGCCAGCUCUGCGGCGCAGGGGAGCCGUCGGGGUCUGAGCAGCUCAUGCUGCAGCUGGUGGCAGCCCUGGGCCCAGCGGGGACACCCCUCCACCCGGCAGUGCAGACCCUCCACCUGGCUCUGGACGACAAGGAGGAAGCCACACGAGCCUCUGCCGCCUUCCUGCUGUCUCUGUACAUCAAGGACGUCUGGCUGGGGGCCCAGCGGCCAGACGCCCUCUUCGCCCACGUCCAGAUGGUCCGCGACGCUGCAGAGGCUGCGCUGGGUGGUGACCAGGAGGCCAUCGUCAGCCUCUGCAAGGACAUCGCCACCGCGGCCCCCGACUUGUGACACCUGCUGGCCGGUGCCCCCGUUUGAUCCUUUCCCGUGGAAUAAGUGCAAGGACGUGUCUGUGUAUUGACUCAGCUUCCUGGCAAGAAAUGUUGCCUUUAUUUAUGUGACCAGUGAACAGACUCAAGGGACCGUAUGAAGGGGUCAGGGUUACAGUGGCCGUGGUUCUUCGGGGCUGUGGGGCCAGCCCUUCCUCUCAGGUUUGCCCCCUUCAGAGGAAAUGCCUCAGAGCACAGGAUUCCUGUGUGAACAUUAAAGCUAGUGUCCAGAGAUGUGUCAGAUGGAAGAGCGUGAACAGAGGUGUUUACAGUUGUCUUUCUAUAAGAAAUUGUAUCAGCCUUGGCCAGUUAGGCUCAGUGGUUAGAGCAUCGGCCCGUGGUCCAGAGAGACCCGGGUUCGGUUCCCGCUAAGGGCACGUACCU